AUGGUCGAUGUUCUCUAUUCAUUUGUGAAUGUUACUCAACGAUUUGAUCAAUUAAUACUUAAUCCACUUUAUAUUCACAGUCUUGAUAUGACCUCUAUGACGAUGAAAUCAUAUCUUGAUCGUAUUUAUUCAAUACACAAUCAACUUCUUGAUAGAAUUUGUCAAAAUAUCUUACCCCGAAUUCAUCAUCAAGUAAAUGAACUUAUUGUUGAACAACAUUCAAUGGAACAUGUUGUACAUACUAUCAAUUAUCCACAGCUUUACUCAUUAUCACUUAUAGAUUUUCAAGAAGAAAUACUUCUCAACUAUUUAAUAGAUAAUAUGACUCUUCGCAAGCUUCUUACUGAACAAAUUACAUGUCUUAAAAUUGAUGUUAAGGAUAACACAACAGCACCGCCACUUCCUGAAAAUCUUUCGACUAUAUUUGCUUUGAUUUUAUCAUUAUGUAAAGGACUAAUCGAGUUAAAUUUUUGUCGAUUCUAUCAUCGAUCAUCAAUUUGUACUUUUGAGUUAUCAUCAACAAAUUGUAAGUCGUCAACGUUGACUGUAUUGAAAAUUUCUGUGAAAAGUUUCGAUGAUUGUCUUUAUCUACUUGAUGGACGUCUCAAUUGUUUAUCAACAUUGAUUAUAUAUGUCGAAGAAAUUGCAUAUACAUUAGGAACUAUAGAUAAUACGGUGAGUGUAAUUCUCAAUUAUUGUAUUUCGAGAAAAAAAAAUCAAUGA